AUACUCGCGCCUCUUAUUAAAGAUGGUAACAAGCCUUCUUCAUCUGCAAUCACAAAGCAGCUUUUGAAGACCCUCCCCGACGAAUCCAAUCCAAUAACGAACUCCGAUAUAUACGAGCGUUCAGAUCACGUUGUAUCUGCUGCCACCGGUCACCAGCGCUCUGAAAUGCGAAGUAGUCAUCGCCAAGAGUACUUUGAAUAUCGCACCAAGAAACUAGCGGAGCAAAAAUCUCUCAAGGCAGACAAUCAAGUUUUGUGUGAUGUGCGCGUGUAUAUCGACGGCUUCCUGCAAGAUACCACCGACAUAGAGCUGAAGCGUGUGAUUUCCCUCGCUGGAGGC